AUGUACCAGGACAUGUGCUUGUGGUUGGUGGGCUAUUCGUACCACCCGGUUCGAAUGCUCUCUGGCGUUAGCACAUCUGCGGUCUAUGCCGAUGUUCACGCUCUCCGCUUUCCGAUUUCGGAGCAGGAACAGCGCCAUUCAGCACGGGAGUUUGCUAGACUUAGCAAUGACGGCAUCAUGCGUGGCUGUGUGGGUGCCAUAGACGGCUGGCUAUGCCCUAUUCAAGUUCCUCGCCGGCGUGAAGUACGAAUAGUGGCGUCGUUCUUUUCCGGUCACUACCCGCGAUACGGCAUCAAUGUGCGACCGCGUGUUGAUUAUCACUGCAGAUUUACCGCAAUUUCCAGCUCUUCUCCUGGGGGUAUGGGGGAUUAUAUUGCGUAUCUUCACUGGAAGUUGUCCCAACUUGCUGAUACGUUUCCGAAGGGUUUGCAUCUCGUCGGGGAUAAUGCCUAUUCGAACAGCAACACGCUGCUUACACCAUUGAGAAGACCCCAUACGACUAUCGCCAGCAGAGACAGCUCAAAUUUUCUCCUGAGCCAGCUUCGCAUUCGUGUGGAAAUGGCGUUCGGAUUGUUGGUGAAUAAGUGGCGCAUUUUCAAGAGUCCACUGCGUGUUGGUAUGAAGCAUAUGGGCAAGGUGAUUCAUGUUGCGUGCAUACUCCACCAUUGGUGUAUCAACGAGCGUCUGGCUAAUCACGUCGUGUUUGAGUUCCAGACACUCGCGGGGAUUGCCUUCCAAGCGUCGAAUAACUGCAGCCGGGUGUGCUUCACGAUCUUCGAGGGAUUCAAUCCGGCGAGGCGUCCGUCAGCACUGUGA